AUGCGCAUCCUGCUUCCGUUAACGACACUUUUCGGCCUUGCUGUGGCCGACACCGGCAACUGCGGGCUCAUGGCCGCCCUCCCGACCUCGCGCCAGUUCCAAGUCGCCAUGAACCUCGACCAGUACCAACAAGGAAUCCACUGCGGCCGCUGCAUCCAAGCCCAGUGCACCGACGCCCGUUGCAAGGACACACCAAAAGUCACCGGCCAAGUCACCAACACGUGCCCGGGCUGCGCCAAGGGCGACCUCACGUUUUCGCAGCCCUUCUUCAAGCAGCUCACGGGCGCCACGACCGACUGGUUCCAGAUCUCGUGGGCGUUCGUCGACUGUCCCGUCGCCGGCGGCGUCAAAGUGUGCGCCAAGUCGGGCAGCUCGCCGUACUGGCUCGCGGUGCAGCCGACCAACACGCUUGGCGGCGUCCAGAGCAUGACGGUGAACGGCAAGCCGGCUCGGUACGCGACCGAGAUCACCAACUACUACUUUCAGGCCGAGCCCAAGCCGGAGGUGCCGCUGGCCAACACGACGGUGACGAUGACGUCGUUCACGGGUGAGACGAUCACGGCGACGGUAGCGUUGACGGAGGGCAAGUGCACGGAGAUCUCACAGCAGUUCGGCCACCCGGGGACGCCGACACCGACACCGACGUCCGGUACCCCGACACCGACACCGACGUCCAGUAGCCCGACACCGACACCGGUGCCGGAAACGCCUGCGCCGACGUCUGGGAGCCAAACCCCGACGGUGGCACCGGUGAGCCCGUCACCGACACCGGUCGCCCGUGCGUGCGGAGCGCCAGAGUGGAACUUGGACAUGUUUGGCAACGACGUGGCCAACUUCAAGGCAGAAGGCGUGUUCACGGCGAUGCUGGCUCAGUGCUGCGAAGGCUGCAAGGUCCACGAAAAGUGUGUCGCCGUGACGCUUGCUGACGGCGUCUGCUAUCUCAAGAGCGCUGUCGGCAACCGCCAGACCAAGAGCGGCGCCACGUCGGUGGCCAUGACGACGAUCUAA